UUGCAGCAACUCGUUUUCCGUAGUAUUGUUUUCGUUAGUUCUGCUGAGAAAUCAAUAUUGUGAGAAUGAAAAAGGCUGGUGCAGUAUUGCUUAUUGUUGUGAUCCAGGUGGCGAGCACCAUGCCACUAAUAAUGGCGGAAUGCCCACUUGACGCUGUGAAGCUUGGAGCCUGUGUUGAUGCGCUUAGUGGCCUUGUCCACGUGGGCGCUGGAGAUCCCGUAGUAAACCAAUGCUGUCCUGUGAUUGAAGGAGUUUUGGCAUUAGAGGCAGCACUGUGUUUCUGCUUAACCAUUAGGGCCAAGCUUCUCAACCUUAAUAUCCUUCUCCCACUGGCAAUCCAGCUUAUUGCAGCCUGUGGAACGACAGUUCCUCCAAGCUUCAAAUGCCCAGCUCAGUAACCUGUUAUCAUUGCUCAAAGUAUUCUAUAGCUUAGUUUUCUCUUCAACUCAUAUGCCUACUACUAUCUAUUUUAUGGUUUUGGCUGUGGAUUUCAGUGCUUGUUGGCUGAAUAAAAAUGUUGGAAGGAUGACGCUUUGCAAAAGAAUGUUCGCCUCGUAUAUUUGAGGUUUGUGAAGAGUCAUGCAACUUUCAACAUAUUAAACGUUAACAUGCAUUAGAUUGUACUUCUUAUUACUGGACGAAUUGGUGCUCUAAUAACUAUUCGCCUAGACUUGCAAAAAUAUAAAAUAUAAAAUAAAUAAAUAAAUAAAGCAUUAUUAUUG